AUGGUCAGUUUUCUUUGUCCGUUUUUGGCUGGCUCCUCUUAAAUCUCUCCUUUUUUAUGCAACACAAAACAAUUGGCCUUUUUCCAAAAAAAAAAAAAGAGAAGUAUGUUUUGACAAAUUGAAUAAGAGGAGAAAAAGAGGGAGGAGAUCAGCUGUAGUAUCCAGAAAAAAAUAGGAGAAGCAGUUUGAAAAUGGAAAUAAAAAAGGACAAGCGAUUUGUGUUUGCAUUUGGAUACAUUUUAUGAUAUUUGCAUAGAAAUUUGAAAUGACCUGCAUGGGAUGAGAUUGCAAAAAAGGGGAUUUGAAAUUGUUGGCUGGCUUAGCCGGAAAACUUGGUCACAAGUGGAUCUGUGAGCUGGAAAUGUUGAAUUUGGAACUUAGCCGAACUCUGCAGUAGAAAUCAAUAAACCUCGAGGUCCAGUCGAAAAAUUUCCUGGGUUUACCAGAAAUUCUCGAAAAUUCUACGUGAAUUCUAGAUUGCUCUGUAAACUUUCUUCCCUUUGGCCUCCCAAGUUUUUUUCCCAUAAAUAUCCUAAUAAUAUCCAUUCUCUCAUCCACUUAAUUCAAUCAGAUAUAAACCAAAAAGGCCCUCACCCCAUAUCGUUUUGCAUUUAAAAUUUGUUUUAAGCGCUCGAAUUUCAAUACACACACCAACACACUUUACCCUUGAAAUUGAACCUUCAUCCACUUUUGACUUCCUUUUGAGCUUCUUGAAAUUAAUCAAGCUUGGAUUGAGAAAGGGAAUAUCGGAUAAAAGAGUCAAAAACCUUUUGCCCCCCGACAUGUGUUAAUUAAAAGCGCGAACGGAUUAGGGUUGGGGCGGGAAGGUACUCUUGAAUAACAUUGACAGGUGCAAAUGAUAUAUCAUUGAUGUUUUCUUCUUGUCUCUUUCUAAUAAUAAUAAUAAUAAUUUGAUGUCAAGAAGGGGGUGUUGACAUAUGUAAAAAUGUGUGUGUUUUGGGGGAGUACAAAAUUAUGAUGGAUUGGAUUUUUCUGUUUGGUAAACAGUUUUUGAAUUUAAAUAUGUAGAUGAAUUUUUUGGGCUUACGAGAACAUUUCCCAAGUUCGACUUAUACAAUUCGUGAUCAUGAUUUUCAUGGAAGGCCGUGAAAAGUCUGGAAAUUCCAGAGGAACCAGAAUAUAUCUAGAAAUCUAGUUUUUGACCUACUGAAAAUUGGCAUUGUUGAAAAAUUCUUGAUAUUUUCGCCACGUCAUAAGAACAUUUUUCAGAAAUUUCUGCAUAAAUUUUAGGAAAAGCUUGAAAAUUCAGGUACUUAUGAGAACAUUUUCCAAGUUUGAAAUAUGAAUUUCGUGAUCAUGAUUUACUUGAAAGACCGUGAAAAAGCUCAAAUUCCAGAGGAACCAGAAUAUUUCUAGAAAUGUAGUUUCAUCCAAAUGUUAAAGAGGUUCUUUGAUUUUUUUUUUACAAAUUUUUGUUUUGGUCAAUUACACUAGGGAAACGAAAAGUUCGCGCAUGUCAAUCAUUUUUGCGUACGCCAAAUUCAACACGAAAAAACGUUGCAUUUUUUAAAAAAAAAAUUUCCAAGCGAACUCGGGACGGCGAAAAGGAAGGAGACCAUGUUAAGGAGAAAAAUCCCCGCGCGUUCCAACCAAACCCCGUUUUUCCAGGAUAUUUUGUUUGAUUUUGUGUCGAAACGAGUUAUCAAGUUUGUAUUGCACACAAAUGCGCCAGGACAUCCCGAUUUUGGAAUGUGAGAUUUUUUUCUUUUGAAUAUUUUUUUUCGCCAGAAAACCAUACACUUGCAGAUAUUCACGAUGCAAUUUCUCGAUCUCACUUCAAAAUCCGAGCCAUCAAAUUGAGACAUUUUCGAAAUUUGACGAUUUCUCGGCCGCGUUCACCGAUCCGAAUUUGGACACUGAAGCGAGACCGGUGGAUUUGCGGCGACUCGAGCCGCACUCGUUUGGAUCCACUUUUUGCUAUGGAGUUCCGCAAGUUAUUGUGGAGGUUGGUGAAAAUUUUUAAAAAAUUUCAAAAUUUGGGCCCAGAAAUUGUAAAAAACUGGAUUUUCUAUUUUUCAAUCUAAAAUUUUUUAUCUGAAAGUUCGUCUGAAAAUUUCAUCCUCGAAGAAAUUCCCGGAUUUUGAAGUUUUGAAAAAACCAGAGCCCCAAUGUGAAUUUAAAACACUUAAACAGCUCUGAAAUUUUUAAAUUUCUAGCCAAAACUAAUUUUAGGUUGAAAAAAGUCCAGGAAUUGUAUUAAGCUGGAUUUCCUAGUUUUCAAUCUGAUAAUUUAUAAGAUUACACUUUUCCCAGAAUUUUAGUUUUGCAAAAAACCAGAGUCUCAUUUCCAGAAUUGUAAAAAUUCCAGAGCCAAUAUCUGGAACCCCUCAAAUUGUUUUUUUUCAAAAUUUUCGGUCCAGAAGUCAUAGGAAUCUAGAUUUACUAUUUUCAAAAAAAUAUCCACAUGGCAGCAAUUUUCAAUUUUGGAAAUCCACAAUCCUGAGGACAGUUUCAGAAUUUUAAAGUUUUGAAAAAAUCAGAACCCAAAUCUAGAACCCCUCAAACAAUCAAAUUUUUCAAAUUUGAGCCAAAAAAAUCGCUUAGAAAAACUUUUUUCUCAAUUUUUUGGGUUCAGGAGUUAUAGGAAGCUGGAUUUCCUAUUUUCAAAAAAAAAAUAUCCACGUGUAAGACAGUUCCAGAAUUUCAAAGUUUUGAACCACUCAAAAAAUCUUAUUUUUUACAGGUAAUGGAGAAUGGACAUGUUGCUGCACUCACUUUAUAUGACGAAAAAUUGUAA